ACUCACUGGUUGUGUGGAAGGAAGUUGAUCUGACCCGACUGUCUGAAAAGGAACGGCGUGAUGCCCUGAAUGAGAUUGUGAUCCUGGCGCUUCUGCAGCACGACAACAUCAUUGCCUACUACAAUCACUUCAUGGACAAUACCACCCUGCUGAUUGAGCUGGAGUAUUGUAAUGGAGGGAACCUGUACGACAAAAUUCUUCGUCAGAAGGACAAACUGUUUGAGGAGGAGAUGGUGGUCUGGUACCUAUUUCAGAUUGUCUCAGCGGUGAGCUGUAUUCAUAAAGCUGGAAUCCUCCAUAGAGAUAUAAAGACAUUAAAUAUUUUUCUGACCAAGGCAAACCUGAUAAAACUAGGAGAUUAUGGCCUAGCAAAGAAACUGAAUUCUGAGUAUUCUAUGGCUGAGACGCUUGUGGGAACUCCAUACUAUAUGUCUCCAGAGCUCUGCCAAGGAGUCAAAUAUAACUUCAAGUCUGAUAUCUGGGCAGUGGGCUGCGUCAUUUUUGAAUUGCUUACGCUAAAGAGGACAUUUGAUGCAACAAAUCCGCUCAACCUGUGUGUGAAGAUUGUACAAGGAAUCCGGGCCAUGGAAGUUGAUUCUAGCCAGUAUUCUUUGGAACUGAUCCAAAUGGUCCACUCAUGCCUUGACCAGGAUCCUGAGCAGAGACCCACUGCAGAUGAACUCUUAGAUCGCCCCCUUCUCAGGAAACGCAGGAGAGAAAUGGAGGAAAGAGUCACACUGCUUAACGCACCGACAAAGAGACCAAGGUCAAGCACUGUGACUGAAGCGCCCAUUGCUGUGGUGACAUCAAGAACCAGUGAAGUCUAUGUUUGGGGAGGUGGAAAGUCCACACCCCAGAAACUGGACGUCAUCAAGAGUGGCUGCAGUGCCCGGCAGGUGUGUGCUGGAAACACCCACUUUGCCGUGGUCACCGUGGAGAAAGAGCUAUACACCUGGGUGAACAUGCAAGGGGGCACCAAACUCCACGGUCAGCUGGGCCAUGGAGACAAGGCCUCCUAUCGACAGCCGAAGCAUGUGGAGAAGUUGCAAGGCAAAGCUAUCCACCAGGUGUCCUGUGGGGAUGACUUCACUGUCUGUGUGACUGACGAAGGCCAGCUUUAUGCCUUUGGAUCAGAUUAUUAUGGCUGCAUGGGGGUGGACAAGGUUGCUGGACCUGAGGUGCUAGAACCUAUGCAGCUGAGCUGCUUCCUCACUAAUCCAGUGGAGCAGGUCUCCUGUGGAGAUAACCACGUAGUGGUCUUGACAAGAAACAAGGAAGUCUAUUCUUGGGGCUGCGGCGAGUAUGGGCGACUGGGUUUGGAUUCAGAAGAGGAUUAUUACACACCACAGAAGGUAGAAGUUCCCAAGGCUUUGAUUAUUGUCUCAGUCCAGUGUGGCUGUGAUGGGACAUUUCUGCUGACCCAGUCAGGCAAAGUGCUGGCCUGUGGGCUCAAUGAGUUCAACAAACUGGGCCUGAAUCAGUGUAUGUCCGGGAUCAUCAACCAUGAAGCAUACCAUGAAGUUCCCUACACAACCUCCUUUACCUUGGCCAAACAGUUGUCCUUUUAUAAGAUCAGAACCAUUGCUCCAGGCAAGACUCACACAGCUGCUAUUGAUGAACGAGGCCGGCUGCUAACCUUCGGCAGCAACAAGUGUGGGCAGCUGGGAGUUGGGAAUUAUAAGAAGCGUCUAGGAAUUAACCUGUUGGGGGGACCCUUAGGUGGGAAGCAAGUGAUCAGGGUCUCCUGCGGCGAUGAGUUUACCAUUGCUGCCACUGAUGAUAAUCACAUUUUUGCCUGGGGCAAUGGUGGCAAUGGCCGUCUGGCAAUGACGCCCACAGAGAGACCGCAUGGCUCUGAUAUCUGUACCUCGUGGCCUCGGCCGAUUUUUGGGUCUCUCCAUCACGUCCCAGACCUGUCUUGCCAUGGCUGGCACACCAUUCUCAUUGUUGAGAAAGUCUUGAAUUCUAAGACCAUCCGCUCCAAUAGCAGUGGCUUAUCCAUUGGAACUGUGGCUCAGAGCUCCAGCCCAGGAACUGGUGGCAGUGGUGUCGAGGAAGAGGACAGCCGGCAAGAAUCGGAAACCCCUGAUCCAAGUGGGGGCUUCCGAGGAACAAUGGAAGCAGACCGAGGAAUGGAAGGUUUCAUCAGUCCCACUGAGGCUGUGGGCAUCAGCAGUGGGGCCAGCAGCUCCUGUCCUGGCUGGCUUCGAAAGGAGCUGGAAAACGCAGAAUUCAUCCCCAUGCCUGACAGCCCCUGCCCCCUGAGUGCAGCCUUUUCAGAAUCCGAGAAAGAUACCCUGCCCUUUGAAGAGCUGCAAGGACUCAAAGUGGCCUCCGAAGCUUCUUCAGAACACAAGCCUCCCGUCGUGGCCUGGCCUCCCCGGCUGACUCCUGCCCUACCGUGUGCCGGGAAGGGAACACCACUGAGCCCCCCGACCUGUGCCUGCAGCACCCUACAACUGGAGGUGGAGAGAUUGCAGGGUCUGGUGUUAAAGUGUCUGGCGGAUCAACAGAAGCUACAGCAAGAAAACCUCCAGAUUUCUGCUCAACUCCGAAACAAGAGAGUAGAAGGAGGGCAGCAGGUGGGGAUGCAUUCCAAAGGAACCCAGACAGCCAAGGAAGAGAUGGAAGUAGAUCCAAAACCUGACUUAGAUUCAGACUCCUGGUGCCUGCUGGGAACAGACUCCUGUCGAUCGGGCCUCUGAGCCUUUACAGCCCCAGGAAACUGGGGUCCCAAGAACUUCACAGCACACUUACCGAGAAUGCAGAGAGCAGCUUUCCUGGCUUCGUUCACGGCAGACACGGAGCGCACAGCGGGGCUUGGAAGCACUUUCCACACACACACGUGGAGGGUGCCGUGGCCUUUUAGAUAGGAUCUAGGAGUGACUGUAUUGUUUUGGAGAAUGGAGGGCCCUGUGGCCCUGGCUUUGUCCUCAGUGACUACCAUAGCAACAGCAGCUCUGUACCUCGCCUUUGAGCCCACCUCUGAAGAGGAGACACGAUGCUCACCCUAAUUGCGCUGGUAGCAGCUUAUAUUUCAUGUAUCGUUUUCACCAUUAAUUGGAAGCUGCCUUGGGAAUUCAACACUAGGCAUUGCCCCUCUGGGGGGGUGGGGGAACGUGUAAAGCCGGAGUGGUCUGGAACCAGGCGGGACUGUGUAGGGCCAUCUCAAUAGUGCUGAAGAGUUCAGAGCCCUCUCAGGAGCCCUAAGCCCAGGAAAAUAUGUCUGGUGGAGUCCAUCUAGGGCUGGUUGUCAGAAAAACUCAGUUACUUUGUGCAACGAAACGCUUUAGGGAGAAAAGUGGGCUUUGCUUGCUUUUUCUCUGCAGAUUGAUUGAAAUGUUAUCCAUGAGGAGUGACGGCCGGGUUCCCCCCUCAUCACACAGCUGCAGUUUCAGGCUGUCUCUGAUGCAGGACGAGGUGAAGAAUUGAGUCCGUGAGGCAGCAGGAAGGCCCUAAGCAAACCACAUGAGGGAGAGAAGGGCCUCCUUUAUCGGCCCCUGCUGCUCUCUACUUGAGAGGGACAAGAGGGCCUCUGAGGCCGGUGCCUCCGCCUCCAUGACUCUUAGAGACAGCGUUCUCGACAGCAACUACCCAAUCACUCCAGUCUCUGUCUAGCCAGUACUCGUCCUUCUCGUGUUUUUUGAAGCCAUAUCAUAACCUGUGAAUCUAUCAUUUGCCUACUAGAAUGACCCAAAGGCAGUACCAGACUCGGAGUCCCUGAAGCCUGCCAGAGCUGAGAGAACGUGCUGAGGGAAAGGGAUUUGGCUGAGGACUCUCUUCUCUGUUCUCAUGUGGCCAUGUGGAUGGGAGCAAACUAGCUUGCCAGAAAGAGAAGUGCCCACGAAGGAUGACACUUGGUUAACGAGAUUCUGGGCGAGCAGUCUCCUAGGGAGGUGAGCUGUGUGUUUCUGCCUUGGCUUGUGAAACGCUCAGUGGCAGUAGGGCUCACAGGGGCGGCAUUGGUGACUCGGGGUUCUUACUUUCUCGUAGCCAGUGAAAUUGUUCCCCUCUCUUCCAGCCAAAGCAAUGAGUGUUCUCUCUUAGGACAGUGGGGCUCGGAGCUGUGCAGUGGACGUUUUGCCAUUUCCUUACAGCCACUGAUGUGAAUAGGCUGCUGCUCGGGGAGCUCCCAUUCCCCACCCCCCACCCCCACCCUGCAGACUGGGGACAGGUGGGAUCUUCUUUGGUGUGAUGUUCCCAUUGUCUUUGCAGUUCUGGGAAGCCAAGUACAGCGGUACUAAUGUACUCACCAACCCUGUUCUUGAAGAAGGAAAAGGGACACCCUGAGUUGAGGGUACAAGUCCUGGGGAUUUGCUGUCAACCCACCCGUGGGUUUGGGUUCACACAGAAUGUAGUUUCGAGAUUGUCGAGGACUGACUGGCCUCCCACUUUCCUGUAUCCCUCACCAUCUCAGCAGGCCUGAGAGGCAGGGCGGUUUGGUUGGUGAUCAUAGUAUUGCUUCUGCUGUGGGACCGAAGGACAAAGGCAUGUGGCUACAACGACGGCGGGGUGAAAGUGACAGUGAAGGACUGCGAGCCACGCUCUGGUUCCCGUGGUGUCAUUCCCUAGCAGUGGAACACUGGGGCUGUUUGGCACCUUCCCCUUAGGAAGUCUAGGUUUGCUAUUCAUCUGGCUGAGAAUUUAAGUUCUGUCUGUGCCUUAGGGACAAUUUGCACUUUGCCAAAUGGUGCCUGGGACAGCCAUAGGAGCCUUCCCACCUAUGCAAACAGAAAGCAAUUCCGAGGGGAUGGGUAUCCGGCAUCAGAUAAAGACUGAAAGGUGAGGCAGGAGAAGGGGCUUUGAAUGAUUUUCUGCUGCUAACUCACGUCGGAGUUCUGUCCCAUGUUCCCUCUAGACAGUGCUGGGUAUUUUAAAUCUUCCAGUAGUUGCUUCUGAGUCUCACCCAAGUACUCUGCUCCACACUGUGGCUGAAGAACUAGCUUAUUGCUACCCAGAUGUUUGAAAGGUUGAGGGUGGAGUGAUUUGGCAUUUGUUUUAAAUAAACAGUUUUAACUCUCAA